AUGGUAAACCUAUAUAAGAGAGACAUUCAGGGGCAGUCAUUACACCUUCCCAGUUACAACAUGAUUAGACGAACAACCACUAACAAACUCCUGCUCAAGAAUUUUAAGAGAUCCCUAAUGAGUUCAUCUAUAGUCAUGAAGGAGGCAGCUCCAGUUCUGUUUAGCAUGCAAGAUACCGCUCGUGUGGUCACAUUAAACAGACCUGCAAAACUCAAUGCAUUAAACUUCGAAAUGUGUCAAUCCAUGUUCCAAAUCCUUAAUGAAUAUUCCAAGAGUGAUGCUACAAAUUUAAUUAUUGUAAAGUCUUCUGAUAAGGGGAGAUCUCUCUGUGCAGGCGGUGAUGUUGCGACUGUGGCAGUUCAGAACUUGAAUGGUAAUCACAAGAAGGCAAUUGAGUUUUUCGAGGCAGAAUAUUCCCUUAAUUUGCAGAUGGCAACAUACCCUAAACCAAUUGUCACGUACAUGAACGGGAUUACCAUGGGUGGUGGUGUGGGACUCUCAGUUCAUACACCGUUCCGUAUCGCUACUGAAAAUACCAAAUGGGCAAUGCCGGAAAUGGAUAUCGGAUUCUUCCCUGACGUUGGUACCACUUUUGCUCUCCCAAGAUUGGUCACCAUGGCAAAUAACCAUUCUCAAAUGGCCUUAUAUUUAUGUUUGACUGGUGAAGUUCUUAAUGGGGAGGAUGCAUAUAUGUUGGGGUUGGCGUCUCAUUAUGUGAAUUCUGAGAACCUACAAAGUUUGGAAGUUCGUUUGGGUGAACUUACUCCUACGAAACAUAUUACUGCUGAUCCUGCAAAGUCUAGCGCCAUCUUUUUCGAUAUGGUUAAUGGUACGAUAAAUGAAUUCAGCACAAAUUUACCCAUGGAUUAUAAAUUCAAGUUUACAACUGAUCAAUUAGAUGUGAUUGAAUCCUGUUUUGAUAUUACUAGACAUACUUCAAUUGAAGAAAUCUUAAGAAGUUUGGAUCAGUAUGCGAAGAGCGAAGCUGGUAUAAGUUUUUGCACAGAGAUCAAGAAUAAACUAGCCACCAAAUCAAUGACAUCUAUGCAAAUUGCCCUUAAAGUUCUAAAAGAGAAUUCAAGAGACGAUAUAAAUUCAGCACUGAGAAGAGAUUUAUUCACAGCCUCAAAUAUGUGUGUUAACGAAGAAGGAGUCUCAGAAUUUUCAGAAGCUACAAAACAUAAACUUGUUGACAAACAAAAAACUCCUUAUCCCUGGAAACACAAUAGUGUCAUUUCACCAAAUUUAUUAAGGGCAAUGGUUAGUCCUAAACUUUCCACACCUGUGUCUCUUUGGGAGAAUUUCUCUAACAUAACUUGGGAUCAGUACCCCUAUCAUUCGAAGUAUCAGCUCCCCUCUGAGCAAUCUAUUAAGCAAUAUUUGAGGAGAGUUAGUGGCCAUCAGGAUGGUGCCACUUCCGCUUUUAUUACUAAGAAUGAAGUCCUAAAACAUUUCACGAGAACGAAUAAGUUGACUAAGGAUAAAAGUGACGUUGCCCUAAUUUGCAACAUAAUAUGUGAGAGGAAAUGCAAUAUGGAUCCUGUAAAUGGAGCCUUGAUAUGGAACGAUUAG